GCGCCUUGAACUUCACCCGAUUGGCCGUCCUGGCUAAGGCUGUGCCCGAUCCAAGGCCAAGGCCGAGGUCCAGGCCAAGAGUGCUUUCUCUUUCUGACCCCCAUUCCCCGCCCGGCUUGCGAAGUGAAGAUUUUCCCAAAGAAGAUACACCUUUUGGGAUACAUCAUGCCCACAGUACUACUAGAGAGAUAUGUGGCUGCCAUGGUAUUAAGUGCAGUAGGUGACUCCUUGGGAUAUUUUAAUGGGAAAUGGGAGUUCCUUUUGAAUGGUGAGCAAAUUCACCAGCAGCUUGCUGAGCUGGGAGGAUUGGAUGCCAUCAACAUUGAAGGCUGGAGAGUCAGUGAUGACACAGUGAUGCACCUGGCGACGGCAGAAGCCCUCAUAGCUGCUGGGAAAGAAGUGGACUUGACUCGGGUGUAUUCCCUGAUAGCAAGACACUAUAAAGCAUGCAUGGAUGACAUGGCUGGCAGAGCUCCAGGUGGUGCCAGUAUGUCCAAUGCAUUGAUAUUGGAGCCAGAUAAGCCCAACGGUUGGAGGAUUCCAUUCAACAAACAUGAAGGGGGCUGUGGAGCUGCCAUGCGUGCCAUGUGCAUUGGACUAAGGUUCCCGCACUCUGGACAACAGGACACUCUGAUCCAAGUGAGCAUCGAGAGCGGCCGCAUGACCCAUCACCAUCCCACUGGCUACCUUGGGGCUGUCGCCUCUGCUCUCUUUACUGCUUAUGCAGUGAAUGGCAAACCACCUCAGGAAUGGGGAAAGGAAUUGAUGGAGGUGCUACCAAAAGCCAAAAAGUACAUUGUCCAAGCUGGCUAUUUUGUGGAGGAGAAUCUCAAAUACUGGGACUACUUCAAAGAUCAAUGGGAAAAGUACUUGAUACUUCGAGGGAUUUCAAGUGGUGGACCUCCUACUUUUCCAGAGUCCUUUGGUGUGAAAGAGAGAGAUGAAUUCUAUAAGUCAGUGAGUUAUUCUGGCUGGGGAGGCUCUAGUGGACAUGAUGCCCCCAUGAUUGCCUAUGAUGCCAUCCUUGCUGCAGGAGACUCUUGGAAGGAACUUGCCCACUGGGCUUUUUUCCAUGGUGGGGACAGUGACUCUACAGCUGCCAUUGCUAGCUGCUGGUGGGGGGUCAUGCAUGGAUUUAAAGGGGUUAGUCCCUCCAACUAUGAAAGAUUAGAAUAUAAAGACAGAUUGGAGAAAGCAGCCAGGGCUCUGUAUGUUCUCCAGUCAAAGGAAAGUUCAGUUAUUACCCUUUAGGAAGAAAGGCAGUUUUUUCCUCAUUGGUUAUACCUCUUGGUUGAGAGAGAGAUUGAUUAUAAGCCCCUUUUUGUCUAAUUUAGCACUCAGUACAGUAUCUUUCACACAGAGACCCUUAAAUACUUACUGAAUGACAGAUUGACAAUCAUACUUCACCUUUUCCACAGCCAAGAGAUUUAACUAAGUAGCCAAGAGAAUUUAAAACAUUAAGUUGUGUUACCUUUGAAAGAUUGUUUCAUGGCCAUCUUACUUUCUGGCCCAUAUGCAGACCCACACCAGGACCCAUAUAGCUAUUAUUCUCUUGAACUUCAAGAGUGACAUAGCAAGAAUUCUAAAAGAAAUCUGAUCUAGUGUUUCAAGAGAGAAGGUGGAGACAGUAGGUAGGGUCUUAGUUUUCUCUUGUUUGCAAGUCUUACCUUUUAUCAACUGCAAGCUUAAAUGAAAGAUACAGAGGAGUAAGGGACUUGAGGGAGGGGGGGAGGAAAAAGAAGGGGAAAGUUCAAAUAUGGAUAUAUAACCACAGGAUUUUGAAUUGCAAGGGACCUUAGCCAUUUAUUCACUUAGGGCUCUAUUAAGUGUUUGGAGCUGGGGACAGGGCAGAUGAGGCCAUCAUUUUGUUUUAAUGGCCAGUGAAGCUGCUGAACAAUACCAAUGGCAGGGGCAGGAGGGUGGAAUCUGUAUCUCUGUGUUGUGCUUUAAAAUUGAUUAUCACCUGGUUGCAGACCACAAUUAAAAAUGUUUACAGUGGCAGAGGA